UUGAAUUUGAGACUCUAUAAUUUUUAAUCCAAUUCAUUGACUAUCAAGUUAGAUUUUUGAUUUCUCGAUUAGUUGAUUAUUUCUUCACCGAUAAUAUUAUUUUAAUUAAUAUUUAUAAGGUUUAUUUCUGCGUUCAAGGAUGUGAUCUAAUGAUUAAUGAAGUGGAUUGAGAAUUAUAUAAUUAUAUUUGUUCUAUUUUUAAGUACAUAGUACUUACCUAAUAAAUGUUGCGGUGGGUAUCCCAUAGAAAUAGCGGAGGUGCGAAGAGGGUUAUCAAAAUAAAAAAAAGGGUUAAAUUUUUCUGUGUUCUUAUAUUAUGGAUUUAUAGUAUUGUUCAUGGGGGACCUUCUAUUAAGCUGGAGUAUCUCACGCCUUUUCAAGAGUUCACACACAGAAAUCACCCUCACCCCGACCCACCUCCCUCCAACUACAAAAAUAUGAAGAAUACUUAGAAUAUUAUAAUGUAUAUAUGCUAUAUGAUAAAACAAUAUGAAGAUUUUUUAAUUUGUUUAUUUUCUUGUUUGCCAACUAAUAAGUAGUGGCAUGAUCAAGCUAUAAAGGAAGAAUCUUCUAGUUUAAGUCUUUGAUGUGUGGAAUUUAUGCACUUUCAGAGUUUUAGAAUAAUCAAAUCCCUUUAAUCCUCUAAGGAAAGUCAACUGACUUUGUAUGUAUCUUAGAGAAAUGUGCAGCACUAUUUUUCUAUUCGUUCAACAAUCCUUAUUAAUUAUCACUUGAAAAUAAGAAUGCCUUUAUACAACAUCUCUGUAUGUCUCUUUCAUUUAAGUAGUCUUUAUAACGAAACAAGAAUGCCUUAUUUCAUUAUAAAAAGUUGAAUGAUGUAUUUCCUUACCUCAUCUAUCUUACAGUUUAACUUUAGACAUUCAAGCAAGGAAUGAAUAUUUUAUGUAUUCAUACAUGGUGCACCCCUUUUUUUUUUCUUCCGUCUAUAAAAUGCAGGUUUUGAGCUGAAAAACAUUUACAUCAAAAAAUGGCGCAGCUUGUUAGUUCGGACGAUAUAGAGUCGAUUAGAAUGGAUCUCUCAGAGAUUGGAAGAAGCUUUAGAUCAUCAUUCAGGCGCCAGACUUCGAUUUUGAGGAGUAAUUCAGCUUUGAGUGCUUCUGAAAAGGACGACGUUGUGGAUGAGGAGAACAUGUUGGCUUGGGCAGCAAUUGAGAGACUGCCAACGUUUGACAGGUUGAGAUCAUCUGUAUUUGAGGAAGUCAAUGGCAAUGAGGCCAAUGUUAAGACGAAAAGAGUAACUGAUGUUACCAAGCUUGGAGCUGUAGAAAGGCAUGUUUUCAUUGAAAAGAUGAUUAAACACAUUGAACAUGACAACCUUCAAUUGUUGCACAAAAUCAGAAAGAGAAUUGACAAAGUUGGUGUAAAAUUGCCUACUGUGGAAGUGAGAUACAAAAAUUUAACCAUUGAAGCAGAAUGUGAGCUAGUUCAUGGAAAGCCUCUCCCUACUCUUUGGAAUUCUCUCAAAAGCACAAUAAUGAACCUUGCCAGGCUUCCAGGCCUACAGUCAGAAAUGGCCAAGAUUAAAAUCAUUAAUGAUGUCAGCGGUGUAAUAAAACCCGGACGUAUGACUCUACUGCUUGGACCUCCUGGAUGUGGAAAAACAACACUGCUGAAAGCACUUUCAGGAAAUCUGGACAACUCUCUUAAGGUUUCUGGGGAGAUUUCUUAUAACGGCUAUAAAUUGGAGGAGUUUGUACCACAGAAAACUUCUGCAUAUAUAAGCCAAAAUGACCUACACAUCCCUGAAAUGACUGUUAGAGAAACAUUAGACUAUUCGUCUCGUUUUCAAGGAGUCGGAAGCAGAGCAGAUAUUAUGAUUGACCUAAGCAGAAGGGAGAAAGAAGCAGGAAUUGUUCCUGAUCCAGAUAUAGAUACUUACAUGAAGGCGAUUGCUGUUGAAGGACAAAAGACAAAUCUUCAGACGGAUUAUAUUCUGAAGAUUCUUGGACUUGAUAUUUGUGCUGAAACAUUGGUUGGUGAUGCCAUGAGAAGAGGUAUAUCGGGUGGUCAAAAGAAAAGACUAACAACAGGAGAGCUUAUUGUUGGCCCCACAAAAGCAUUGUUUAUGGAUGAAAUAUCAAAUGGCUUAGAUAGCUCGACUACAUACCAGAUUGUUGCUUGCCUUCAACAGCUGGCACAUAUUACAGAUGCCACUAUACUUGUCGCGCUUCUUCAACCAGCGCCAGAAACCUUUGAUCUCUUUGAUGAUAUAAUCCUGAUGGCUGAGGGAAAAAUUCUUUACCAUGGGCCGAGAAAUUCUGCUUUAGAAUUUUUUAAAAACUGCGGGUUCAAAUGUCCUGAAAGGAAAGGGGUGGCUGACUUCCUCCAGGAGGUUACGUCGAAAAAGGAUCAAGCACAGUAUUGGCAUGAAACUAAAGAAACAUAUAAAUUUCUGUCAGUUGAUACAUUAAUAAGAAAAUUUAAGGAAUCUCCAUACAGGAAAAAGCUGAAUGAUGAACUUUCUGUUGCAUAUGAUAAGUCCAGGUGUCAUAAAAAUUCUAUAACCUUUCGUGACUAUUCACUUCCUAAAUGGGAACUCUUUCGAGCUUGUAUGUCAAGAGAAUUCCUUCUGAUGAAAAGGAAUUCUUUUAUCUACAUAUUCAAAACAGUUCAGCUUGUCAUCAUUGCAUUCAUAACUAUGACCGUAUUUUUGAGAACUCGGAUGCAUACCGAUCUUGUACAUGCAAAUUAUUAUUUGGGAGCUCUGUUUUUUGCUCUCAUCAUUCUUCUUGUGGAUGGAUUCCCUGAGCUCACCAUGACUAUAGCUAGACUUGCAGUUUUCUAUAAACAGAACGACUUGUGCUUUUACCCAGCAUGGGCGUAUGCAAUUCCUGCUGCAAUUCUCAAGAUUCCCCUCUCUAUAUUAGAAUCUAUCAUUUGGACAUGUCUGACCUACUAUGUUAUUGGUUUCAGCCCUGAGGCUGGAAGGUUCUUCCGGCAAUUACUUCUAUUAUUUGCUGUGCACAUGACAUCGAUCUCCAUGUUCCGUUUCUUGGCUUCUGUCUGCCGUACUGUUGUUGCUUCUACAGCUGCUGGUAGCUUAUCAAUCUUAUUUGUCUUUUUAUUCAGCGGAUUCAUAAUACCAAGACCAUCAAUGCCCGUUUGGCUGAAAUGGGGAUUUUGGAUUUCUCCGUUGACAUAUGGUGAGAUAGGUCUUGCUGUAAAUGAGUUUCUCGCCCCAAGGUGGCAAAAGACGCUCUCAACAAACACAACUCUAGGGAAUGAAGUCCUUGAUAGCCGUGGGUUAAACUUUGAUGGAUAUUUGUAUUGGAUAUCAGUUUGUGCCUUGUUUGGCUUUACAAUAUUGUUUAACAUCGGUUUCACCUUGGCCUUAACUUUCUUAAAAGCUCCUGGAUCUCGUGCUAUUAUAUCAAGGGAUAAGUACUCCCAAAUAGAAGGAAGCAGCGAUUCUUCUGAUAAAGCUGAUGCAAAAGAAAAUUCCAAGACCACAAUGGAUUCUCAUGAAGGAGCAGGAAGAAUGGUUCUACCUUUUGAACCCCUAUCUCUUGUGUUUCGAGACGUUCAGUACUCUGUUGACACUCCUGCGGCAAUGAAGGAGCUCGGUUUCACACAAAAUAAGCUCCAACUUCUUUCAGACAUUACUGGCGCAUUUAGACCUGGUGUCCUCGCAGCCCUUAUGGGUGUCAGUGGGGCUGGAAAAACAACCCUGCUUGAUGUUCUUGCCGGUAGAAAAACAAGUGGUCAUGUGGAAGGAGAAAUAAAAGUUGGUGGGUACCCUAAAGUUCAAGAGACAUUCGCUAGAGUUUCAGGUUACUGUGAGCAGACAGACAUACAUUCUCCUCAGAUAACUGUAGAAGAAUCAGUUAUAUUUUCUGCUUGGCUACGACUUCAUCCUCAGAUUGAUUCCAGAACAAAAUAUGAGUUUGUGAAAGAAGUCCUCGAGACCAUUGAGCUAGAUGGUAUAAAAGACACGUUGGUUGGUAUGCCGGGUGUUAGUGGGCUUUCAACAGAACAACGUAAACGGCUGACAAUCGCUGUGGAGCUUGUUGCAAAUCCCUCAAUUAUCUUCAUGGAUGAACCCACAACAGGGUUGGACGCAAGGUCAGCUGCAAUUGUCAUGCGGGCUGUGAAAAAUGUUGCUGAUACAGGAAGAACAAUAGUUUGUACCAUCCACCAACCAAGCAUUGACAUAUUUGAAGCAUUUGAUGAGCUGAUUCUAUUGAAAAGUGGUGGGCGCAUGAUCUACUGGGGACCACUCGGACGAAAUUCUUGUAAAAUGAUCGAAUAUUUUGAGGGUAUUUCUGGUGUGCCUAAAAUAAAGAACAACUACAAUCCAGCAACAUGGAUGUUAGAGGUUACAUCAACAUCUAGUGAAGCUGAGACCAGCAUAGACUUCGCUGAAGUAUAUAAGAAUUCUGCUCUACACAAAAAUAACGAAGAGCUUGUGAAAAAACUGACUUUCCCACCAGCUGGUUCAAAAGAUUUGCAUUUCCCCACCCAAUUUUCACAGAAUGGCUGGGGACAAUUCAAGACUUGCUUCUGGAAGCAAUACUGGUCCUAUUGGAGGAGUCCUUCAUACAAUUUGAUGCGCUCUCUGCACAUGCUUUUUGCUUCCGUUGUUUUUGGAUUGCUUUUCUGGAACAAGGGGAAGAAACUAGAUGACCAGCAGAGUGUCUUCAGUGUAUUUGGUUCUAUGUUCACUGCAGUAAUCUUCUGUGGCAUAAAUAAUUCAUCUUCAGUUUUACCAUAUGUGACCACGGAGCGAUCAGUCCUAUACCGGGAAAGAUUUGCUGGAAUGUAUGCAUCAUGGGCUUAUGCAUUAGCACAGGUGGCAAUUGAAAUUCCAUAUCUUUUAGCUCAAGCACUUUCAUUUACUGUCAUCACCUAUCCGAUGAUUGGAUAUUAUUGGUCGGCCCACAAGGUUUUGUGGUACUUCUAUUCGAUGUUCUGCACAUUGUUGUACUUCACAUACUUGGGAAUGAUGCUUGUUUCAUUGACACCAAACUUGCCAGUAGCUGCAAUUCUUCAGUCAUCCUUUUACACAAUGUUCAACCUCUUUGCCGGAUUCUUGAUACCAAAAGCUCAAAUUCCAAAAUGGUGGAUCUGGUUCUAUUAUCUAGUACCUACAUCGUGGACGUUGAAUGGGAUGCUUACUUCACAAUAUGGAGAUGUUGAUACAGAGAUUACUGUGUUUGGAGAUAAGAAAUCAGUAGCAGCCUUUAUUAGGGACUAUUUUGGAUUUCACCACAAUCAAUUACCUAUUGUAGGUGUUGUUUUGAUUGCAUACCCCUUAGUUUUUGCCACUUUAUUUGCAUUUUUCAUUGGGAGGUUGAACUUCCAAAGAAGGUGAUGCUGCAACUUGUUCAUUUGUUGUUUAUAGAAACUUUUGAUAUAUUAUCCAAAUUAAAUACUUCCCCUCCUCCUUUUGUACAUUAGACUGGUGAGAUUUUAUUGGUAAAUAAAAAAGACAAAUAGUGUGUUGCAUCAUUUAAUAUGAAGGAAA